UGCCAUGGCCAUGGUGUCAUUAAUCUCUCUCUCUCUCUCACCUUGUCCUCAGGUGGUUCCCCAAGGAACCUCCCAGCCAUUGAAAGAGCAGGAAAAGAUGUACAGCAAAGGCUGACGCUGUUCCGAAAGAUUGAAGACUUCAAAAAUCUGGAGAAGAUUUCAAGAGAAGUCAAGUCCAUCACAAUUAUUGGCGGUGGUUUCCUCGGCAGUGAGCUGGCCUGUGCUCUGGGAAGAAGAGCACGAACCAGAGGCCUGGAGGUGAUUCAGCUGUUUCCAGAGAAUGGCAAUAUGGGCAAAGUUUUGCCUGAAUAUCUGAGCAACUGGACCACAGAGAAAGUCAGAAGAGAGGGUGUUAACGUCAUGCCUAACUCUGUGGUCAAGUCUGUCUCUGUCUGCGGCAAUCGGCUGAUGAUUAAACUGAAAGACGGCCGAAAAGUGGAGACAGAUCAUAUUGUGGCUGCAGUCGGGCUGGAGCCUAACGUGGAAUUAGCCAAGUCAGCCGGGCUGGAGGUGGACUCUGACUUUGGAGGGUUCAGGGUGAACGCAGAGCUGCAGGCACGCUCCAAUAUCUGGGUGGCAGGGGAUGCUGCCUGCUUCUAUGAUAUCAAACUAGGUAGGAGACGUGUGGAGCACCACGAUCACGCCGUCGUGAGCGGCAGAUUAGCUGGAGAAAACAUGACAGGAGCUGCAAAGCCCUAUUGGCAUCAGUCCAUGUUCUGGAGUGAUCUGGGCCCUAACGUGGGGUACGAAGCCAUUGGCCUCGUUGACAGCAGUUUGCCAACAGUCGGAGUCUUUGCCAAAGCCACGGCGAAGGACACGCCGAAAAGCGCCACGGAGCAAUCAGGAACAGGUAUCCGAUCCGAGAGUGAAACAGAAGCAGAAGCCUCCGAAGUUCACAUUUCUCCAAGCUUUUCACCAACACCUCAAGUACCAAAGCAAGGAGAAGAUUAUGGCAAAGGUGUCAUUUUCUACCUCAGGGAUAAAGUCGUGGUAGGAAUCGUCUUAUGGAACAUCUUCAACAGGAUGCCUAUUGCUCGGAAGAUCAUCAAAGAUGGGGAGGAGCACGAUGAUCUCAACGAAGUAGCAAAACUUUUCAACAUCCAUGAAGAUUAAACCCCAGAAUGGGAACACGGCAGUAGGAGUGAGCAGGGGCAGUGCGUGCUGCUCUCUGCGUGUCCUCCUUCAUCUCAGACAGCUUCCUCUGAGUACUUGUGAAUAUUUCCCAUCACCUAGAGUUCUAAUCUUUGCACCAAUAAAGUCAGAUUGUUCUAAG